AUGCGCCGAGGACUUAUUUGCUCAAAUCUACAACCACAGCUCAAAGGCAAUCCCCCCAAGGCCUCCGGUGGGACCAACUUACGAAUCCUUUCCACCCGCCUUCUCAAACGUAACGAAAGCUAUGCUCCCAAAACUUCCCUCUUGCAGACCUUAUUUCGCAUCACCUUCACGCUCAAUACCUCAGAUCCUUAUUAUUCGGUCUUUAUCAGAUUUCCUCACCUCCUUUACUCCUUACCGCUUGUUAACCUUACUUUUAUACCAUUUCGUUCUGGUAUCUUUCUCUUCCUCCUUGUUGAUCCGAAUAUAGAACUUGCGCUCCGCCAUGUACAGUCUUGCCUGGACUCCACGGUUCGAAGUACGCCGUAUUGCCGGACGUAUCACUCCCGCGGUCGCCACUACCACUGCGGCAGUCGCCGGCCUUGUUUGUUUAGAGCUCGUGAAGCUGGCGCAGUGGAGAGUAGCACAGAGAAAAAGCAUCGCGUUGUCCUCCGGUACACCAUGUGGGUCGUUGGUGCAUGUAAAAUGAUUGUAGUGUCUGAUAUUGUCGGAUUUUAUACUUUGAUCUUUAUCUAUGGCUGUUUACAUUUGAUUCAUUCAUCAGUUACCUCUAAAAGGUCGGUUUCGUCCGAAUUGGGCUUGCCUUAG